AUGGCUUCCACAGCUGCUGCCCAGCCUGCCAAGAACACGGUGGCCUCUCACGUGCCCUUUGGAGAUCUCUGCUCCACCCUGGAGAGAAUGCAGACGUGCAAAUCUCGCCCAGAGAAGACCAAGUGUUUCAGGGAGUUCCUGGAUUCCUGGAGGAAAUUCCACCAUGCCCUGCAUCAGAAAGAAAAAGAGGUGACGGAUUCGUUUUACCCAGCCAUGAGACUUAUUCUCCCCCAGCUGGAGAGAGAGAGGAUGGCUUAUGGGAUUAAAGAAACCAUGCUUGCCAAGCUCUACAUCGAGCUGCUGAAUUUACCAAAAGAUGGGAAAGAUGCUGCAAAGCUCUUAAAUUACAGGACACCCUCUGGCUCCCGGGGAGAUGCUGGAGAUUUCGCCACCAUCGCCUACUUUGUCUUGAAACCCAGGAGCCCAAAACGAGGGAGGCUGACCAUUGAGCAGGUCAAUGAACACCUGGAUGCAAUAGCCAACAACAAUGCUGCGAAAAACAAGGGGCUGUUAAAGAAAAGCCUUCUGCAGUUAAUUACCCAGAGCACAGCUCUGGAGCAGAAAUGGCUCAUCCGCAUGAUUAUCAAGGAUCUGAAGCUUGGUGUCAGCCAGCAGACCAUCUUCUCCAUUUUCCACCCCGAUGCUGCUGAGCUGCACAACGUCACCACAGAUCUGGAAAAAGUCUGCAGGCAGCUGCACGACCCCUCUGUCUCCCUGAGUGAUGUCUCCAUCUCCUUGUUUUCUGCCUUCAAACCCAUGCUGGCUGCUAUUGCCGACGUGCAGCAGAUUGAGAAGCAGAUGAACCACAGGACAUUCUACAUAGAGACUAAGCUGGAUGGGGAACGGAUGCAGAUGCACAAAGAUGGAGAUGUGUAUAAGUAUUUUUCCAGAAAUGGCUUUGACUACACUCAGCAGUUUGGGGCUUCCCCCCUGGAUGGGUCAUUAACACCUUUUAUUCAUCCUGUCUUUAAGAGCCACGUCCAAAAUUGCAUCCUGGAUGGUGAGAUGAUGGCUUACAACCCUGAGACACAAACCUUCAUGCAAAAAGGGAACAGAUUUGACAUAAAAAGGAUGGUGGAGGACUCUGAGCUGCAGACCUGCUUCUGUGUGUUUGAUGUCUUGAUGGUUAACGAUGAGAAAUUGGGGCACGAAGUGCUGAGCAGGAGAUAUGAAAUAUUAAACAGUGUGUUCACCCCAGUGACAGGCAGGAUACAAGUUGUACAGAAAAAAAGUGCCAGAACAAGAAAAGAUGUGAUUGAUGCUUUAAAUGAGGCCAUAGAUAACAGGGAGGAAGGGAUUAUGGUGAAAGAUCCCACGUCCACCUACAAGCCUGACAAGCGUGGGGAGGGCUGGUUAAAAAUCAAGCCAGAAUAUGUCAACGGGCUGAUGGAUGAGCUCGACCUUCUGAUUGUUGGUGGCUACUGGGGGAAGGGCUCAAGAGGUGGGAUGAUGUCUCAUUUUCUCUGUGCUGUGGCAGAGACACCUCCUCCCAACCAAAAACCCACCGUUUUCCACACCAUCUGUCGGGUUGGCUCUGGCUAUACCAUGAAGGAGUUGCAGGAUCUAGGUUUGAAACUGGCUAAACACUGGAAGCCCUACCAGAGGAAGGACCCUCCCAGCAACAUUUUGUGUGGGACUGAGAAACCUGAGAUGUACAUUGAGCCUUGCAACUCUGUCAUCGUUCAGGUCAAGGCCGCUGAGAUUGUUGCCAGUGACAUGUACAAAACUGACUGUACUUUGAGGUUUCCACGGAUUGAGAGGAUAAGAGAGGACAAGGAGUGGCACGAGUGCAUGACUUCAGACCUGCUGGAGGAUCUCAGGAGGAAAGCAGAAGGGAAACUGGCAUCUAAACACCUUCAUAUGGAUGAGAACGAGGAGCCACGGGAGAAAAAAAGGAGAACGGUGCCAAAGGUGAAAAAGAUCAUUGGGAUUGCUGAGCAGUUUAAAGCUCCUGAUCUUUCCAGUGUGAACAAGGUUUCCAAUAUGUUUGAAGAUGUCGAGUUCUGUGUUAUGACAGGAACAAGGAAUUACUCCAAGGCUGAGCUGGAGAGCAGAAUAGCUGAAUGUGGUGGCAGCGUGGUGCAGAACCCAGGGCCAGAGACUUACUGUGUCAUCGCAGGGGCUGAGAACCUGAGGGUGAAGAACAUCAUCUCCUCCAACAGGUACGACGUGGUGAGGGCAGAGUGGCUCCUGCAGUGUUUCCACAGCAAAAUGCUGGUGCCUUGGCAGCCAGCCUGCAUGAUUCACAUGUGUCCUGAGACAAAGGAGCAUUUCGCCCGGGAGUACGAUCCUUAUGGAGACAGCUACACUGCAGACACAGACCUGGCCCAGCUCCAGGAGGUGUUCUCCAGGAUGAAAGACAAGAAGAGGAUGUCUUUGGACUCCAUUGUGGAGUUAGAAGAACGUUAUUCAUGGAACAGCUGCCAGCUCAGCAUAUUCAGAGGCAGCACUGUCUAUGUGGACUGUUAUGCUGUUGUCAGCCAGCCCAGAACCAAAAUCCAUGGCACAACACUAUCAACCAGAGCUCUGGAGCUCCGUUUUCAUGGGGCAAAAGUAGUCUCUUGCCUUGAAGAAGGGGUCUCCCAUGUUGUCAUAGGAGAAGAUCAUUCCAGGGUGAAAGAGUUGAAAGCACUCAGGAGGACAUUUGGGAAGAAAUUUCAGAUUGUGUCUGAGCUGUGGGUAACAGAGUCAGUGGAGGAGGGAGUCUCCAAGAGUGAAAAUCAGUAUUUAAUUUAA